UUCUGGCUGCUCUGUGGUUCUGCAUGUUACGGGAGCACUGGUGGCUCUGGACCUGCUGUACUGUGAAGUACUGAAGGAUUCCUUUCUUUCUCGACCCGUUUUGCAUGACACCACCGUUAUUUCUGUUUCUUACCUUGGCCGCUUUGCUCUCCUAGCAGAGCACGUUUACAGAUUACAGGCCCCAGCUCUGGGCUCCGAUCACGCAUUCUUUCAGCAGCUGCGCUGCAGACGAGACAGACAACACGGAAUGUAUCGCUUGCUUCAUGUCGGGUUUGCACAGCGGGGUCUUUUUCCAGACCAGCUGAACCGUAUUUCGAUGGAACCACCCAGCACCGCCCGACCCGCGGCUCCCACCGCCGGCCACGAGGGGGCAGCAGCGCCGCGCCCGGCGCCUCCCUCCCCUCCCACCGCCCCGCAGAGCGGCCGCUUCCGGCCCACGUGGGGCGCUCGGGCACAUGGCCGCGGGCUCCUCCGGCCUCUUGGGUGGGUCCCUGCCGGUGCAAGGCUCCCCCGGAGCGGCUUAUCUCCCUGCCUGGGGCCGAGCGCCGCGGAGCUGCCCCUCCCCCGUCCCGGCCCUGAACGCGCUGUCCCGCAGAGCAUGGAACCUACCGAGGAUGCGGAGCGGCUCCUGAUCCAGUUCCGCGAUGAGGCCGGCGAGCCGCUGGGCUCCCCCUUCGACGUGCCCGUCAGCAUCACGCCGGACAAGCUGCAGCUGGUGUGCAACGCGCUGCUGCAGCAGGACGAGCCGGUGCCUUUGGCCUUUUUCUUCCACGAUGCUGAGAUCGUCGUUUCACUGGAGAAGACCUUGGCAGGGCAGGCAGUGGAGACGGAGAAGGUUCUCGACAUCAUCUACCAGCCUCAGGCCGUGUUCAGGGUGCGGGCGGUGACGCGCUGCACCAGCUCCCUGGAGGGUCACACUGAGGCCGUCAUCUCCGUCGCCUUCAGCCCCACGGGAAAGUACCUGGCGAGUGGCUCUGGGGAUACCACCGUCCGCUUCUGGGACCUCAGCACAGAGACACCGCAGUUCACGGCCAAAGGUCACAGACACUGGGUGCUCAGCAUCGCCUGGUCACCUGAUGGCAAGAAACUGGCCUCGGGCUGCAAGAACAGCCAGAUAUUUCUCUGGGACCCAGCCACCGGCAAUCAGAUCGGCCGCGUUCUCACUGGCCAUUCCAAAUGGAUCACGUGUCUGUGCUGGGAGCCACUCCACAUAAACCCAGAGUGCCGCUACCUGGCCAGUGCUUCCAAGGACGGCAGCAUCCGCAUCUGGGACACGCUGAUGGGCAGGUGUGACAAAAUCCUCACGGGCCACACGCAGUCAGUGACUUGUGUGAAGUGGGGCGGCGAUGGUUUGCUCUACUCCUCCUCCCAAGACAGAACUAUCAAAGUGUGGAGAAGCCAGGAUGGUGUCCUCUGCCGCACCUUGCAAGGCCACGCUCACUGGGUGAACACCAUGGCCCUUAGCACUGAUUACGUUCUCCGCACUGGUGCCUUUGAACCUGCUGAAGCCACCAUCAACCCACAGGAUAUGAGUGGCUCCUUGGCAGAACUGAAGGACAAGGCACAGCAGAGGUAUGAUAAAGUCAGGGGCCAGGGACCAGAACGACUUGUCUCAGGUUCAGAUGAUUUCACCCUGUUUCUUUGGAGGCCAGCAGAAGACAAAAAGCCACUGGAGAGAAUGACAGGUCACCAGGCAUUGAUAAACCAAGUCCUCUUCUCACCAGACACCCGGAUAAUAGCCAGUGCUUCCUUUGACAAAUCAAUAAAGCUCUGGGAGGGCAGGACAGGAAAGUACCUGACAUCACUGAGAGGGCACGUCUCAGCCGUAUAUCAGAUUGCCUGGUCAGCCGACAGCCGCUUGCUGGUAAGUGGGAGCAGCGACAGCACGCUGAAGGUCUGGAAUGCUGAGACGAAGAAACUGGCCAUUGAUCUUCCUGGCCAUGCAGAUGAGGUUUUUGCAACAGAUUGGAGCCCCGACGGACAGAGGGUAGCGAGUGGAGGGAAGGAUAAGUGUUUACGGAUAUGGCGUAGAUAGGAGCAGCAACACGAAGCCACCAGCACUGUGCUAAGCUGGCCUGCCCGUUGACUCAGUCUGCCUGGGAGAUCUGCAAGGCAGCGGACAACAUGAACACGUCUCGUUGUUCCUGUCAGCUGCUAUCCCUCAUGGACUCUUUCCUUAUAUUUAUUUAAGGAAAUUUUAAUUUCUGUUCUUAGCAAGAGCUGUGCUUUGCAGGAUCAUUUUCCUCUGAGCAUUACAAAAAGGAUAUCUCAUCUGCCUCCAUCUCAACUCCUUUUUAUUGAAAUUUCAGCCUUGUAGUAGCCUCACCCUUUGAAAAGGAAAAGCAUAGGGUGGGGAUAUGUCAUGCUCUUCCUUCCCAUGUGAAGAAUCCUGCAUGCAAGAUGGCUUUUAGUGGGAACAGAAAGGGCUGUCCUUGCGUGACCUUCAGAGGGGGUGAAGAGGAGGAAAAUACACCACAUCAUUACAGUGCAGACUUGAGCUCGGCUGCAUGCCUGGGACAAAGAUCUGCUGAGAACAUGGUCUCAGGGCUUCUCAUUAUUCCAGUAAGGUUUUGCCUUUCCACACGGCCUGUUUACUUGUGAGCUGUGCCAAGCAUUAUCUGACAGUGAUUCUCCACAUCCACAGCAGUAACUCAUUCACCCAUCCAUUCAGGCCUGAGUGCAACAGGCAUCAGCUUCAAAUUGCUCCAAGAGCUGCAUGGAGUUUUCAGGUCUCAGUGGCUCUUGGAAAUGCAAAAUGGAAUCACUCGUGCCUUUGAAUAGGGUGCUCUUUCCCUUCCCUUCUGACUUGGGGAAGAAGGGGUGGGGAGGGGGAAAGAUGGGGCAGCAUGUUGGGUUUUGUAUGGCCCUUGCCCUGGAUACGAGCUGACAGCAGGGCUGGGGCUGUCUCAGUAAAUGGCAAAACUUACACUGCACAGAGUUGGCUCUGGAAUUUCUCAAGUGUAUUUAUUUGCCCAGUGGGUAAGAGGAAUUCACUCUAUCAGUAAUAAAUUUGUAAGCUUGCCUGUGA